CCGCCCCCUGCACACAAAAGCAGCUUCCUUCACUAUCUGGGGGCAGGCAGAGCCUCAGCCACCCGGGAAGAGAAAAGCCGGAGCCGCGGCAGGCCCGGGCUGCGAUGGCGGGGCACACGGAGACCGCGGGGGAACAGGGGUGCCUCUACUAACUCACGGCACCCCCUUCUCCAGCUGGGCCCAAGCCGGUGUGCCGCGUCGCCCUAGGUGACCUUCCUCGGAUGUGGACUUGGCCCUGAGCAUCCUUCCGCCAGGCCCCUCGCCUGGGUACCACCGAGAGAUGCCCGCCCGCAUCCGCGCCCGGCCCGCCUUUGUGUGCAAGUGACGGCGCAGGGGCAGCCACCGCCGCCGCCGCCGCCGAGGUCACCUUCCCGGGUCACCCAAGCUUCUCUUUCCAGCUCCCAUGGGGACCACAGAAGCCACGCUGAGGAUGGAAAACGUGGACGUGAGGGAUGAAUGGCAGGAUGAGGACCUGCCCGGACCGCUCCCAGAAGACACUGAGGCGGAGCUGCUGGGUGGUGCAGUGGAAGACUCCUCCUCACCUCCCUCCACCCUGAACUUGAGCGGCGCACAUCGAAAGAAAAAGACCCUGGUGGCCCCCGAGAUCAACAUCUCACUGGACCAAAGCGAGGGCUCCCUGCUGUCCGACGACUUCUUGGACACUCCUGAUGACCUGGACAUCAACGUGGACGACAUCGAGACGCCGGAUGAGACGGACUCUCUGGAGUUCUUGGGAAAUGGCAAUGAGCUGGAGUGGGAAGACGACACCCCAGUGGCCACAGCCAAAAACAUGCCUGGGGACAGCGCAGACCUGUUCGGGGAUGGCUCGGCGGAGGACGGCAGCGCGGCCAACGGUCGCCUGUGGCGGACGGUCAUCAUCGGAGAGCAGGAGCACCGAAUCGACUUGCACAUGAUCCGGCCCUACAUGAAGGUGGUGACCCACGGAGGGUACUACGGGGAAGGUCUCAACGCCAUCAUCGUCUUUGCUGCCUGCUUUCUGCCAGACAGCAGCUCCCCGGACUAUCACUACAUCAUGGAGAAUCUCUUCCUGUACGUCAUCAGCAGCCUGGAACUGCUGGUGGCCGAGGACUACAUGAUCGUGUAUCUGAAUGGCGCCACGCCCCGGCGGAGGACCCCCGGUAUAGGCUGGCUGAAGAAGUGUUACCACAUGAUUGACAGGAGACUGAGGAAGAACCUCAAGUCCCUGAUCAUCGUGCACCCGUCCUGGUUCAUCCGCACCGUGCUCGCCAUCUCCCGGCCCUUCAUCAGCGUCAAGUUCAUCAGUAAGAUUCAGUAUGUGCACAGCUUGGAGGAGCUGGAGCAACUCAUCCCCAUGGAGCACGUGCAGCUGCCCGAGUGUGUCCUGCAGUAUGAAGAACAGAGGCUCAGAGCCAAGAGGGAGAGCGCACGGCCACCACAGCCAGAGUUCCUCCUUCCCAGGUCUGAAGAAAAACCAGAGACUGUGGAAGAAGAGGAUGGGGCAGCAGAGGUGACAGAGGACCAGGAAACAAGCAUGUCCUGAUUUAACCAGAACCUAGAGAUGGACAGAGCUGAUUCCAGACGCCAUGUACACUCAUCAGAUGCCCUCGGGCCUCAGACUUCAUCCUGCCUCAUCGUGCGUCCAUUGUGCCUGGACACCUGGCUCUUUCAUCCCCCUGUCAACCCGGCAUCUUCGCUGCUUGAGUAUAUUCCAUUGUUUUUACUGUCAAGAAGGCAGUGUGAGCACGUUCUGGAAAGGACCACAUUUUUGGCCUCUAUCCAUGCUCUGAGUGUGUGGUGUCAAAGCUGGACUUGGGCAGUGUCACCCACCGGUCCCAUGUGGCCUCUCACUGUCCCAGCUGGGAUAACAGGGGCUGACCAAUGAGAGACACUUCGCUCACCUGCCAUCCGUCCCUAGCUGGAGCCUCGGAUGCCUGGUGGCCCCGGGCUGAGGCUGCACCCGCUUCUCUGUGGAAUGUGACCCACUGUCCCCUCUCCUUGUCAACCCCAAACAGGGCUGUGACCACUGACCUGGCAUCUCCUAUUCU